AUGCUCUUUGGUCAACCCCAUCCCAGUGGCGGACCCGGUCUGUUUGGGGUUCAGCCUACAUAUCAACACAUCUGCGGUCUCUACUACAUCGAUCCGCAUCGCCAUCAGAAACACGCGCGGCAAUACCUUCCCACACUUUCCCAGUCGGUGCACGCUCGCAUCAUUGCAUCGACAUCUCGGACAACUCUCACCCAAACCUUUGUCAAUCCCUCAUCGACUGCACUCAUCCCUGAGCUUCGCUACACCUUCCCCCUCUAUGACGGAGUAUCUGUAGUUGCCUUUACCUGCACCAUCAACAACGACCGUGUCAUUCGUGGUGUCGUUCAGGAGAAGACUGCUGCCCGCAAAACGUACAACCAGGCUGUUGCCCAGGGCCAGACAGCCGGCCUUUUAGAGCAGCUCCCUGACGCAAGCGAUGUCUUCACCACAACCAUUGGCAACGUGCCAGCUGGCGCCCAGAUUGCUGUCGAGAUUGAAUACCUUGGCGAGUUGAAGCACGAUGCCGAAGUCGACGGCAUCAGGUUCACCAUUCCUACUUCUAUUGCCCCGCGAUAUGGCGCAUUCCCUGGCGAAUUGCUUGCCAAGCCCACCAACGUUUCUGCACAGGACGGUAUUCGCAUCGUAGUUGAUGCCCAAGUGCCGGCUGGAAGCUUCAUCAAGUCGAUUCAGUCACCUUCACAUCCAAUUUCUGUUUCUAUCGGCUCUACUUCCACUAUGGACGCAAACGCCACACCAUCUCUCCAGCUUGCGAGUGCCACUCUCUCCCUAGGCACUGCUCAACUGGAACGUGACUUCAUUGUCCAGGUCAUUGCGACAAACACUUCCAACCCCGUUGCUGUUCUCGAGACGCACCCUACCAUUCCUCACCAGCAGGCUCUCAUGGCCACCCUUGUGCCCAAGUUCAAGAUCGCUGCCACCAAGCCCGAAAUUGUCUUCAUCUGUGAUCGCUCUGGUUCUAUGGAGGGAAACAAAAUGCAAGAUCUCAAGAAUGCCCUUAGAGUCUUUAUGAAGUCUCUGCCUGUCGGUUCCAUGUUCAACAUCUGCAGCUUCGGCUCCAGGCAUGAUUUCUUGUUCCCAAAGUCCGUCUUGUAUGACCAGAACACCAUGGAAACUGCCAUGCGACACAUUGACACAUUCUCCGCCAACUACGGAGGUACCCAGAUCUAUAACCCCAUCGAGUCAACUUUCAAGCGACGCCACAUCGACCUUGAUCUUGAGACUUUUGUCCUCACUGACGGUGAGGUUUGGGACCAAGAUCGCCUCUUCGGCAUGGUGGACAGAAUGGCUCGUGAGUCCAACGGCGCCAUUCGUCUCUUUACCCUGGGUGUCGGCAGCGGUGUCAGCCACUCUCUCAUCGAAGGCCUCGCUCGAGCUGGCAAUGGCUUCUCGCAAUCCGUCUCCGAGAAUGAGAAAAUGUCUGGCAAAGUCGUCCGCAUGCUUAAGGGAGCUCUCACUCCCCAUGUCAACGAUUAUACCCUCGAGGUCAAAUAUGCCGAUGCCGAGUCCGAGACGGAGCCUGAAGAUGACUUUGAUAUCAUUGAACCCGAAGAUGCCAUUCGCGAGAAGACAGCCGGCAACAAGGUACCCGAGAAGCCCGCUAAGCCCAUUUCCCUCUUUGAUGCCAGCGCAGACGACGACGUUGACAUGGAGGAUGCCCAGGCUCAAGACGACGGCUCUGGCCUGGAGCGGUACUCCCACGUUCCGACAGUCAAGCCGCCCAAAAUCCUUCAAGCUCCCUUCCAGAUCCCGCCUCUCUUCCCUUUCAGCCGCACCACUGUCUAUCUCCUGCUUUCUCCCGACAGAGAGCUGAGAUCCAAGACUCCGGAGACCUUGGUUCUGCGUGGCACUUCAUCCCAGGGUCCCUUGGAGCUCCAAAUCCCCAUCACCCUGCUUGACAAUAAGGCCGAGACAAUCCAUCAGCUCGCCGCUCGCAAGGCUGUCAAGGAACUGGAAGAAGGCCGUGGAUGGAUCUAUCAUGCCAAAGGUAGAGAUGGCAAUCUUCUAGAAGCACAGAAUCCCGGCCGCUUCCCCAGCAUGGUUGAGCGAGAGGCCGUCCGACUUGGCAUUCAGUUUCAGGUCGGAGGCAAAUGGUGCUCCUUUGUUGCUGUCGAGCAAAUCAAUACUCCAAACCUCUCCGCUGCCAACAAAGAACAGAUCAAACCUGAAACACAGAAUCUGUCCUCGAAUCGCCAGAGGGGGCCAAAUCCUAGCUUAGGUCGGGGAGGCAUGGUUUCCAGAUCUCGGUCCCGAGCUUAUGACGAUGCGGAUCCAUCACUGUCAUUCGGCGCCGCUCCCUCACCAGUGCCACGCGCAUCAGUGUUCGGCAUGUCAACCUCGACGGCUUCUUCGAACCCAUUUGCACCAUCUACCGGCUCUGCGCUGUUCGGCGGAUUGGAUUCUUCCAAUACCCAGCAAAGGCAACAGCCAACAGCGCCUACGGCCUUCGGCCAGCCCACCGGAUCCUUGUUCGGCCACCCUGUAGCCCCCGUCCCGUCGUCUACCCCGGCUGUCAGUGGCCUCUUUGGUUCACGUUCUUCUGUCACUGGUGCCUUUGGUGCUGCCCCGGCCACCGGAGGGUCUGGGCUCUUUGGCGGAUCUGGCGGAGGCUUGUCUGGACACCCCACGGCUUCUGCCCCGCCCAAUCCAGCUUCUAGUAGCCCGUUUGGCUCGCGCUCUUCUAACACUGGUGCAUUCGGCGCAGAAUCAGCCAGUGCAGCGCAAGCUGGAGGAUCUCAACUCUUUGGUGGAAAUGGAUCUAGUGAAGGAUUGUUUGGUCAGCCUGCGGCUGCCAAUUCCGUCUCUCCCGCACCACAGACUGGAGGUCUAUUUGGUAGUGCUCCUCGUCGGUCUGCCAAUGACCAGUCUCCAUCCUCCGUGCCUCAAACUGGAGGUCUCUUUGGUAGCUCAAGCGCAACUGCCCAUUGGUCUGGCAGCGGACAGCCCCCUAUCGUUCAAGCUGCCGCGCUGGCCCCUCCCACGAACCAGGUCGAUGAAGCUCUGCUAGAACUAUACCACCAGGAGAUGUCUGAAGCUUCAUGCAUGCCCCUCCCUGGCGAAGAUCCUAAUGAUGAUUGGGAAAAUGAAACUCCUUCAGCUGCUGCCCCUGCUUUAUCGGCCACUCUUGACCUGUCGAUCAUUAAGAAGAAGAAGAAGAAGCUCAAAAGGGCCCCCGAUUCUUUCGAGUUUGACCUAGCGGGACUCGAAGACGACUACUCACCAUCUACCGAUCCGUUCUCUGCCAUAGUGUCGUUCCAGAACUUCAACGGUAGCUGGAACUCUUCAGAGGAAAUCUUCCACAUCAUUGGCACCACGUUGAAGGUGAUUGAGAACGCUUUUCACUCGCUUGGUGUUGAUGACGAGAGAGUCUUGUCUACCUCUGCAGUCAUUGCCUUCCUGCGCAAGGUUCUUCCAGAGGAGCGGGACAGCUGGGAGAUGCUGGAGGACAAGGCGGUUGCUUGGCUCGAGGGAGAAUUGGGUGAAGACAAGGCUCAGAAGGUUUUGGCUAUUGCUGAGGGUAUCUUUUAG